AAGACACCCAUCACUACUCUCUCUCUCUCUCUCUCUCUCUCUCUGUGCCUGAGUGUAUGGUUGUGUUCGGCAAUGGAUCGGACCCAUUUGCUUCUGCUAGGAUUACCGCUCUUCCUCCUCGUCUCUGACCUCUUAAAUCUCUUCUCUCCUCCACCUCCGCCACCUAAACACUCCCACCACCAUCACCACCACCACCGCCAUGACCCACCUCCAGUUAACAAAGAAAACCUGGACUUUCCCUCUGAGAAGCCAACCGGUGUUGGAGGAAUCGGUUUUGGCAACACAGUCAACAUCAAUUUCUGUGCUUCUUGCUCUUACAAAGGGAAUGCAGUGACAAUGAAGAAGAUGAUGGAGAUGGCUUUUCCUGGAAUUGAUGUUCUACUUGCAAAUUAUCCACCGAGCUUGCCAAAGCGUCUACUGGGAAAAGUAGUUCCAGUUGUUCAGAUAGGAGCUAUUGCUAUUGUAGUGGCGGGUGAACAGAUUUUUCCAAUGCUUGGAUUUGUGACACCACCUCGUUGGUAUUAUACUUUGCGCGCAAAUAAAUUUGGGACCAUUGCAACCUUCUGGCUUCUUGGCAAUGCAGCCCAGUCUUUUCUGCAAAGCUCUGGGGCUUUUGAAGUUUACCUCAACAGUGAAUUGGUUUUCUCCAAACUGAAGGAAGCCAGGUUUCCAGGUGAAAUUGAAUUGAAAGAUAUCAUCAGCAACAGGUUGGAUAAGUCGGGAAUUAAUGUAGGUGGCCUCGGAAAUUCAUGGUCCUAGUUCACAAGCCAGAUUUAGAGGGUCAAAAAUCAAUUUGAUUGAAGGUGCAAAAUGUGUCUGAGUCAUCGGACUUGUGAUUUAGAUUGUUUUUGCAUAGGUCUGGAUAGAAUAUAAUGGAAUAGAUUGGUUUUGUAAAAAUCUUAGAAUAGAGUUUUUCCUGUGUAUUAAGAUGUUAUCUUGCAUGUUUCUCUCAUAGACAGCUUUUACUACUUAUAUAAUGUCAGCCUUUUGGAGCAUAUUC